UAAUCGGGUUGCUGUGAGGCAAUGCAUUGUAGCAGGGCCAGAGUGGAACCGGGGAUCCAGUCACUGGGAGAAUCCAAGGCUGGCGCGAGGUCUUCAUUGCCCCCGCUGCCCCGGCCCCCACUCCGCACUCUUCGCCAGGGGUGAAAUAGUUGGAGAUGCCGAAUCGAAGAAAUGCACUAAGUAAAAGCCGAAAAUCUGGGUCACAGCUGAGGAAGACCUUGAGCAUGGAGUCCAGGAUGUGGCCUGCGCUGCUGCUGUCCCACCUCCUCCCUCUCUGGCCACUGCUGUUGCUGCCCUUCCCACCACCUGCUCAAGGCUCCUCCUCCUCCCCUCGAACCCCACCAGCCCCAGCACGUCCCCCAUGCGCCCGGGGAGGUCCCUCAGCCCCACGCCAUGUCUGUGUGUGGGAGCGGGCACCCCCACCAAGCCGAUCCCCUCGGGUUCCAAGAUCCAGGCGGCAAGUCCUGCCAGGCACCGCGCCCCCUGCCACCCCAUCAGGCUUUGAAGAGGGGCCACCCUCAUCCCAGUAUCCCUGGGCUAUUGUAUGGGGCCCUACAGUGUCUCGAGAGGAUGGGGGGGAUCCCAACUCUGCCAAUCCUGGAUUUCUGCCCCUGGACUAUGGUUUUGCAGCCCCCCAUGGGCUGGCUACCCCACACCCCAACUCAGACUCCAUGCGGGGUGAUGGAGAUGGGAUCAUCCUUAGAGAAGCACCUGCCACACUGCGGCCAUUCUUGUUCGGGGGUCGUGGGGAAGGUGUGGACCCCCAGCUCUAUGUCACAAUUACCAUCUCCAUCAUCAUUGUUCUCGUGGCCACUGGCAUCAUCUUCAAGUUCUGCUGGGACCGCAGCCAGAAGCGGCGCAGGCCCUCAGGACAGCAAGGUGCCCUGAGGCAGGAGGAGAGCCAGCAGCCGCUGACAGACCUGUCCCCAGCCGGGGUCACUGUGCUGGGGGCCUUCGGGGAUUCGCCAACCCCCACCCCUGACCACGAGGAGCCCCGAGGGGGACCCCGGCUUGGGCCUGGGAUGCCCCAGCCCAAAGGGGCUCCAGCCUUCCAGUUGAACCGGAUUCCCCUGGUGAAUCUGUGAUGCCCAUCAAUGUUGGGGUGCCACCAAGCAGGAGGCCAAGGGGCCGGCAUAGCCACCAUCCCACUGAGGGUAGGGCAGCUGUGGGAGCUGGGGCUGCAGGUGCUCCUGGCUUCUGCCCUGGCACACCACCCUGGAACACUCACUGGCCCUAUAGGCAAUCCUAUCUGCUCACCCUCCUUUAAGUGGGGCCUCUGGUUUCUGGUGCCCCAUCCCCAUCCUUGCACACUCACAUGAAAGCCUUGCACACUCACCUCCACCCUCACGGGCCAUUGCACACACUCAUGCUCUUGUGCAGCCAGCCUUCUGCACCCUCUCCCCAUCCACCUCUCUCCCCUCUGCUGACCCCCCACAUUCUCUCUUUUGUUUCUCAUUUUUCAUUUUCUCUUCCCACAUUUCAUGCUCAUCUCAGUCACUCAGUGGUCAGUGGCUGACUUUACCAUUCCUCUCACAUGCAUUUCCUGGCCCCAUGUUGUGUUGUGUGUUGUGCUUACAUUCUCCCUCAUGAACACCCACUGAUCUAUUUUCUGUGGCUCCUGCAUGCUGCCCCAGAGGUGGGUGGGAGGUGAGCUGGGGGCUCCUUGUGCCCCCCAUCUGUCAUGGCCCAUCCUGUUCCCUGUCAUGUGUUUCACUGUCUCCCUCAUUCCACUCCAUGGGUGAUCUCAUACCCUGAGGGCUCCCAUAAGGAUGAGGGUAGUGAGGCCCCACACUUCUCCCCCACCCCACUGCUAAGUUCUGUUGUCUGGGAGAUGGGUUUUGGGGAGUCACCUGCUGCACUACCCACGAAAGGGGCUCCCAUUUGCCCUGCCCUUCCUCCUAAGUCCCUUUUGUCUUAUCUGUCCUGGCUGUCUCUGUGUGUGUCCCUCUCUGGAAUUCAGAGCCCCCUGAGCCAGUCCUCUACUUCCCAGCCUCUCUAAGGGCCUCCCUAAUUCCACUGAGGCUGCCAGGGAAUGGAGCCAGCUGAUUCAAGGCCAUUGGGAGCUCUACCUCCCAAUUUAUCCCUCCCCUUCUUGGGCUCCCUAACAUCACUCCUUCCUUCCCUCCUUUGUUCUUCCACUCUCCCUCCUUUUGUCCCCCUGCCCCCAGGUUUCUCCCUACUUCUCAUAAUUUUUCCCACCUUCCUUCUUUCUCUCUUACCUGGCUCCUAUGCUGUGAUAUAUAUUUUUGUAUUAUCUCUUUCUUCUUGUGGUGAUAAUCUUGAAUUCUUGUGGGAUGUAAGUUUCAAAAUUUUCAAAUAAAGCCUUUGCAAGAUACCUGAGUUCCCUGAUUCUGUCUUAUGAGCCCUGUAGAGUGGACGGGAGGAGAGGUGAUGGGCGGCCAAGAGGGAGAAAGAGGAUGAACCCGGGAACCCCUCCAGCCCAAUGUGACCGGCCUACUCUGACCUGGAGUUGGGAUUCAAGGGCUUUAACUUAGGACUAGCUGGAAGGAAGAGAAACUAAGGGAGCAGACAGAGCAAGAGAAACUGGAAGAAUGGCUUGCCUGUCACUUGCCAGUGCAGGUCAAGAGAGACCAUGUGAAAGGAGACAAAGUAAGGGCAAAUUACAUAGAAGGACAGGCAAUGGAGAAGCAAGAAAAUGAAGAAGAGAGAGCUGAUAAUACAGAGAGAGGGUGAAAGGUGAAAGAAGAGAAAAAUGAGAAAUGGGAAAGAGGCUGCCCUGCUUGGUUUAUUUUCAGCCAUGCUCCCUAACCUGCCCCCCAAAGCUGUGUAGCAUUAGAAGCCCUGUAGUUAACGCAUUAGCUUUCCCCACUCUGCUUUCUCUGAUAGGGUGUGGAGGUGGAAUCAAGGGGUGUGUUUGAGGGAGGGGAUCCAAGCUGCCCAGCUGGGAUCAGUCACCUCUGAGCCCCCAAUUCUAGGUUUGGCUCUUAUAACAACCCUGCAAAAGCCCACACACACAUCAGCCUCUCAGCUGUUGCUAGGCUCCGUUGCCAUGGUAACCACCCAGGUCCCAUUUCUCUCCCCACCCCCAUC